AUGGAAACAAGCCUCAAAAUUUUCAACAGCACCAGUUACUACGAUGCUGGACAAUUAUUGGAAAAUUUAUCGAUUAAAGAGACCACGAGAGAACCACUCGAAUGUAAACAGGAAAUCAAUUCGAACGGUCUGUUUGAUUUCAUUAUCUAUGGCGUGCUGAUGAAUCUGGUCGGUCUUUUUGGGAUAUUCGGCAACGCGAUUUCGAUGAUCAUUCUCUCGAGGCCGCAAAUGAAAUCGUCGAUCAAUUACUUGUUAAUUGGCCUAGCCAGAUGCGACACCGUCUUAAUUAUCAUUUCGAUAUUAAUUUACGGCUUACCUGUUAUUUACACGUACACUGGCCAGCUGUUCGACUAUAAGUUCAUCGUGCACCCGAAGAUAGUCCGAUUCUUAUAUCCAUUAUCAUGCAUAGCGCAAAUAGCAACGGUGUACUUGACUCUAACUGUGACUCUAGAGAGAUAUAUCGCAGUAUGUCAUCCUUUACAAGCUAGGUCUUUUUGUACGUACGGACGAGCUCGACUAGCAGUAUUGGUUAUCGUGCUAUUUUCCUUUCUUUACAAUCUACCAAAAUUUUGGGAGGUAGAUUACUAUGCGGAAGUUCAUUGGAAGUACAAUGUUACUAUAUACUGCAUAUAUCCGGCAGACUUGAGAAGCAACAACUUGUAUGUCACCGUUUACGUCCACUGGAUGUAUUUCUUUAUUUGUUACCUGUUUCCCUUUCUUGCUUUGGUGAUAUUCAACGCUGCCAUUUACCAAAGGGUGAGAAAAGCAAAUAGAGAUUUGCAACAGCUUUCUCGACAUCAAAGACGCGAAAUCGGACUAGCAACCAUGUUACUUUGCGUGGUGAUCGUUUUCCUGAUCUGUAACAUCCUACCGCUAGCCUCGAACAUUCACGAGACCUUCUUCAGCGAUCCGCCACAUUGGUUGGUGCAGACAGGCAAUCUUCUCGUGACAAUCAAUAGUAGCAUCAAUUUCAUUAUCUACGUGAUCUUCGGUAGGAAAUUCAAAAGGAUAUUUUUGAAGCUGUUUUGCAAUUCAAAGUUAUUCCGACCUGGCAGAGACAGUCCAGAAUUUCAAACUUACGACGAAUCGAUCGUUACCAAUAUGACCAAUAUAGAAUUAAGGAACUCUAUCAGACAUUAUCACGUAAACAGAUCGAGUACUAUCAACAGAAAUAACAAUGUCUCGAAUGGCAGUAUGCGACAAAGCGUGAAAAUAUCAGCAAGACCAGCCAGUCCAGGACCUUGUGUGUAUUAUCCUGCAAGGAGUCCUGUCAGAAGCCCUAGUCAGAUGUCCGCAACAUCAAGCACACAGAAUGGGUGGAGUAAAAAAGAUGUAAAUUCUUCUUUGUAAUAAAUCUUAAAUAUUUAAUCUAAUCGCAAUAAGUCGACGAUCAUUCAUGAAUCACAAUGAAUAUCUUUUGUGCACCAAAUAAGAUGAAAUAAGAAAAUCUUUUUGUACAAAAAUCAUUCAAAUUGAAUGUAAUCAGAUAAGCUCGAAAAUAUUGGUGUUUAUCUGUCUUGCUAGUUAAUUUUCGGACGAAAAACAGCAUCGAUAUUGUAAAUUUAUUCUCAUAUUUUAUUAAAUAAUAAUUCAAUCUCUCGAAUUAUUUCAAUUUUUAUUUAAGUUUUACGUACACUUGUUAUCUUUCUUCUUCUUCUUUUUUUACAGUUACCAUCGAUAAAACAAUUUACACAUACUUAUUUUUAUAAAGACUUUAAUAUCAUAUAAUAAUCACAGAAAUUUCAGAAAUGCGAUGCAUUUUGUCACAGAUUUCAUACAACUGCUUCAUAAUGUACAUAUUGUAUACGAGACAUUUUAUCAUCGUAAUGAAUAAACAUUACUUAAAUAUGUGUAAAAGGUCAUCGUUCUCCGAAGUUUGAUGCACGAAUUAGGAAGAAAAUAAUAAUAUUUGAAAAAAUAUAUUUUUCGACUAUUAGACAAACAAAAGAUAUUCAGAAACAAGAAUAUUGUUGAAAAAACAAAACAUAAAUCAGUACGUGUUUACUUGUUACAAAACCUACAAAAGGAGUGAUUACCUUGCACGAAAAGGCAUUCUCGCGUUGUUAUAAUCCACAAAAAUUUUAGCAAGUUGUAAAUAUACUCAAACUAUUUUGAUAUGUUUAAAUAGAGACUUAUAGAUGAAACUUAUUUUUGGUGUAUAAGUUAUAUCUAUAAUGUCCACUAUCUUUCCUGAAAACAGGCAUUGAAAGAGAAAUGACUAAAAUAAGAUCAACGUUCCCCAUUACUCUUAUUCUUAUAAAGAGGCUGAAUUUAUUUGUAAACAAGAAUCAAAAAUUUACGCAAAUACAGUAUUAUCAACAUUUCUCCAGCACUGCUUACAAUGUUUGAACGAAUGUAAAUAAUAUCCAAAUUCGAUAGGAAUAAAAUUUCACUCGAUUUUGUAUCUUGAAAAGGAUAAAAAAUAAAUAAAUAUUUAGAUCGCGAAACAAUUCGGUUAUUUCGAAACGUCAUUUAUAAUAGAAUACUUGGAUGUGUAUAACCGAAACAUUGAAACACAAAAAUAUUGUAUUCGUUAUAGCUCACUUAUUAUUCUAAGAUGCUAAGGUGUAUUAUACUGAUCAAAAAAAUAAAAACAUUCAUAUAUGUAAUAAUUAAUAUUUAUGUUUAUCAUAUAACGGUCUUCCCUCCGUGUAAAAUAAGCACGUUAUUCACUUCAUUGAAAUCUUUUAUCUCAUAACUAAAAAAGUAUGCCUGUAUUUUUAUUUUUUUAGAUCUAUACCUUAGUACUUUAGAAUGGGAUACAAACAUGUACCUGAAAUUAUUUACUAUGAGUAGAUCGUUUAGAUUCUUUUAUAUUAUGUCGCAAUAAUUCUUCUGUGAACGUCGAUAUACUUUUGUUAAGAAUAUUUCAUGUAAAAGGAGAUAUACAUGUUAUCGAUAUAUUUUGUUCUAUUAUUUCUAUCAAGCGUACAAACUUUUAUAAGCAACACAAAAUGUUACAAAUGAUAUGUAUAAAUACAAAAAACGAGAACUGAUUUAGUUAGAACUUCGUGAUGAAUUUUGAUUGAUUUGAAUUUAAA